CUUUUCAAUGUGUUCAACACAGGAUCCGUGAGUUUGGAGUGCUUGGGGAACAGUUUGCUUAUAACACUGAGUGCAGAAUACUUUGAGGACAAAUACUUAUCUUUUUUUGUUGUUGAUCAGUCUGGCACAGCCUGGGAGCUCGAUGAGGCCAUGGCAUCACAGUGUGGCUAUAGAGUAACCUACCGCAACUGGGGUAACAUCAAGUUUCGUGCUUCUGCACUAAGCUGCCAUUCUCGCUUAGAGAAAGAUGUGUUCAUAGUAACUAUACAAAUCAAAACAUCUCAUCAUCCUGAUAUGAGAAAUGCUACAACUCAUUUGAAAAGUGCAAGUUGUUAUUAUGGUCCAUGGAGUCAGAGAGAGUUAGUAUGUGAAAGUAACUACAUGGAGGUUUCUGUUAGGAGGGAGGUUCCACAGACUGUAAAAGACUUUAUUCAAGGUGAACCAGAGGACUGGAAUCUUGCUUUUCCAGAGGCAAAAGCAGGAGAAGUCUCAAUAUGGCAAAUAGUGUUUCACCAGCCAGAAGAAAAAAAGGCUCUGCUUGUGAGUGAUGCCUGGAGUGCAGGUUAUGGACUCAACACCACAGACACCAGGGUUCUGCUGCGAGUACCAUACACAGCUGAGCAAACUCAGCUGGUUGAGGAUCAGGGAAUUACCUUUUCUGCAGUGAGAUCAAGUAUAUUUUACAAACAGGGAUGGAUGAUCCUCAUGGUAGACACUACUGUGUCAUGUCCUGUAGAUGGUGUGGACUACACUAACAAAACAAUCACUUGGACUGUUCCAAAAUAUACUCACCUGCUUUCUGCUGGAGCAACUAGCUUUAAGGAUGUGCUUGUUGAAGCUGGUGUGGAUCUACAUAAACUCUCUGCUGAAGAAAUGGCUUCCAGGAAAUAUGUGUUUUCCAAUGACUUAAAUGAAAUUACGAUGAAGAUACCAAUAGGUGCAGAAGGUGGCUAUUACAAGACUUCUGUGAGCAAUGGACAGCAUGGGGCAAAAUACACCAUCAACCUGUUCUUGGAACAUCAGUGGCAAGAUAACAGAUGGGGAAUAACUAAACAUACUAUCAUCAAGGAAAUAGAAACACCAUUUGAAAAAGUAGAAAUUGAUAUAACCAACAACUCAAAUGUGAGCAUGAGGCUAAUGAAUGUGACAGUGGGAACGUUCCUCCCUGAUGUAGAAGUUGUGAAUGUGACCAUAGAGGGGACAACUGUUUCUGUACUUGAAGCUGUUCAGCAUGGGUAUCUAACAAACGAGGUCACAUAUCCUAAUGGAAGCAAAGCCUACGUAAUACAAGUCUCACUUGAUGCUCGAAGCAUUAAGAAGGAGUACAUGAGACCGGACAUGAGAGGAUACACCCUGAAUGUCACCCUAACAUUCAUAACCCAUCCAACAAGAGAGACUUUCACUGUCCCAGUCAUAACAGUGUCAGCUGUUAAAGAUGCAGUACUGCCCAGUGCAACAGGAUUUUGUGAUGGAAAGAAUCUUCAUCUCAUUAUCACUCAUGGGAAUGUGGACCAGAACUGGCUACCCUUCAUCUCAGACUGGCAUCUGACCUCAGAGGCUGCACAGAAGUACAACUACAGCCUGAGGGACAAUGGCACCCACUUGGCAAUCUCUGUCCCUUUCCUUUCUUCCCAUGUAAAUUAUGAGGAUUUUAAUAUCUCUGGAAUAAAGGCUUCACUCCACUUAACCUUGAAGGAUGGCAUCAACUUGGCUAAUAGGAGGGACUUCUCCAUUUCCUGCGUAUUUUCACCUUCAGAGCUAAUACAGUGCCUGCCCAGUGGCACUGUGGUUAUUACUGCAGUAAAAUUGGUGGGAGUUGCAGACCUGGACACUAGCCUGCUUGUCUUGAGGGACAGACGGUGCAAACCUAGUCUAGUGACAGAGAAGACUGCAACCUUCAAGUUCAAUGUGAACACUUGUGGAACAAGUAGAAAGUUCAAUAGCACAACUAUAACAUAUGAAAAUGAUGUACUCUAUUUCAGACCUGGCAAUGAUACACCAAUAUACCAACUGAAAUUUGUAUGCUGGUAUGCAAUCAAGCAGACUGUUGAUAUCCAAUAUGAAUCAAAGAAGAAUCCACCACCAAGUAUUAAGCCAGGAUUUGGCUCUCUUAAUCUUUCACUGAAACUUUUCAAAGAGAAAUCCUUUUCAGAGCCCUACCAGGAAUCGGAAUACCCUGUGGUAAAAUACCUCAGGGAGGCACUGUAUUUUGAAGUUGAACUGCUUCAGCCUAAAGAUGAGAGACUAGAACUACACCUGGAUGACUGCUGGGCUACCAACUCCCAAAGUCAAGAUAAACUUCCACAAUGGCCUCUCCUUAUAAAUGGGUGUGAAAAUAGUGAAGAUUCCUACAGAACUGUCUUCCACGAAGUUAAUUGUAGCCUCAGAGUAAAAUUUCCUCAGCACCUAAAGAGAUUUGAAAUGAGAAUGUUCACCUUUGUACAAGGCACAACUCUGUUACAGGAGCAGCUGUACUUCCAUUGCAGUGUGGUGAUCUGCAGCACAACCCAACAGCCUUCAGGCCUUCCUUGUCCAAGGAGAUGCAAUCCUGGGAAACACAGACUGGGUAAGAAACUGGGCACUUCUCAGGUUACUCCUGAAUCUUUGCUCAGCAAUGUGGCAGAUGCUUUCCACAAGCUGUGUAAGACGACAGACUCCUGGUCCUAG